CAGGUGGCCAACCUGGCUCUCCAGGUGAACGAUAUCAGUUAUCAUCAGUCCAUGAUUGCCCUGAACUUGAAGCAGAGUAUAUUUCGAUCGCGACCCGAAUUUGACAAGUAAAUAUUGACCUGCUGAAGUUAUCACAACAUGACAAAGUGAACAAUAUGUCUAUAAUUUGAAGUGGUUCCCUGAGUGAUUUUCAUUCAAAGUUCGGAUCUUUUUUCAGUAGAGAGUGAAAUUUAUUGCAGGAGAGAUGACCACAAAUAGAUUUCACAAAGCUGCCAAAGAUGGCAUCAUAGAAGUAUUGAAGGAAACGACAAAGAGAGACUGCAAUGUCAGGGAUGAACAGGGGAUGACUCCUACAUUGUACGCGGCGUUUUACGGAAAUUUGGAUGCGCUCAGAGUACUAUGUGGAAGAGGAGGAGAUCCCGACAAGGCCGACCUAUUUGGCAACACCGCGUUGCACCUGGCAGCAGCGCAGGGGCACAAGCACGUCGUCACCUUCCUAGUCAACUUCGGCGCCAACAUUUACGCGACGGACGUCGACGGCAGGACGGCGCAGGAGUUGGCCGGCAUCAACAAUCGCGAGGACAUCCUGAGGUUCAUAGAUGGCGUGCAUGCAAAGCUGGAGGCUAGCGACAAGAAGAAGGCGAGGGCGAUGCAAGAGCGGGCCAAGGAGGACGCCAAGAAGAGAGUGAAGGAAUUCAACAAACGCUUGGCAAAAAAAGAACAGAUGCACGAAAAGCUGGAACGAAGGAAGAGCAAAGAUUACAGACCUUCGAUGAUAGAAACGUUGAAAUCAAGGAUAAUAGGCGGUUCGAUGACCAAUUUAGCCAACGACCAACCGACAGACAGAAGAAACACAUACAGCGCCAUCAUUAGCGGUGGUACCGCAGGAAAAGGAAGCAUGAGUACCGUGCAAAGGAGGAUUUUGGCCAGCAAGAACAACCGUUUAGGGCAAACAGACGACGAUUUCAAGAUAAGUGGUAUAGAAGAUGGAAAACUCACAGUGAACUCUAUAAAGGGCAUACGAAGAAAUUCUGAAGUACUAUAUGGUGGCACCUUGGAAGGCUCCACUUUCAAAGAACGAGGGCGAUUAGAAGGCAUUUUCAAUGAGGCUGAGUAUAUCGAUGAUAGUCCAACUCCACCUCCCAGCCAAGGACUAACCAGAUCCAAAUCCCAACCUGAUUUCAUGCAGGAGCUUAGGAACAAUCCGAACAACAAGUUGCAUCAAGAGCCUCCCAGUAUAUUCAUUCGACCUGGAAUGGGGAGUAUAGUUAUUAGGAAAAGUAUAACUAAUAAUACUUUCGGAAGAUAUUACCGCAACCAGGAAGAAAGUUCAAUAGGAUCUGGAGAAAGUUAUGGACCAAGACAAACGACAGACGACGAGUUAUCAGAUUCAGACUCCAGCGAAGAAAACGAUCCCAACGCACCGCUAGAAAGAUUUUUGACUGCAUUCGGGCUGAGCGAAUAUGCUUCCAUAUUCGUAGAUCAGAAAAUCGACCUAGAAACCCUGAUGGUACUAGAAGAAGGCGAUUUGAGGCGUUUAAACUUGCCCGUUGGACCCCACAGAUUGUUGGUGAUAGCUAUCAAUGAGAGAAAAGCGGCUCUCGACAAUCCAGGAGAGGUGAAGGACAGUAUGCUUUAGGCUUCAGAGUGUAUAUUAUUACUAUUUUUAUUCAUAGUUUAUGUUGUGAAAGUUUAUAUGAAAUAUUUAUAUUAUAAAAUAGGUUAUCGCAUAUAUUAGUUUUUUUGCAUAGUUUA